AUGUCACGAGCUACGCUGAUUGUAAACUUUAAGACUCUGAAAAGGUCUUUGGACUUUGAUGAAGCAAAGCAUAAUCAAGUAACAAUUAAUGAGUCAAAUGCUGGUGCUUUUUGCUGGCAGCUGUUAAAAACGAGCCUGGCUGCCUACCGGCCCAGCAGGCAAGCAGCAGGCUUGCAGCCGCGUCGCAGCGGCGUCCCGGCCGAAGGGACCAGGCGAACGCGGAGGAGAGGAGGGUGCGAGGCCCGCAGCACCAGCGGGCUGGGGGAAGGCGGGCACUGGAACUUCAGGCACCGACAGGCCCGUCUGGAAAACAUCAAGCUCAAGCACGAAAUCCAAAACCUCGAAACCACCUUGAAAGCUCAGGGAGAACUGGUCAAGAGUCAACAUUUUAUGGACUUUGAGCACAUGAAGAAAGAGAAUCAGAAACACAGCAAAAAGAUCGACGACCUCAGUGGUGAAAUCCUGAAGCUCAAAAAGAAGGUAUCGAACACAGUGCAUAUUCUCAGCCAGUUCAGGGAAAAACUACAGUUUGUGGAAGCUGAAAAUCAAGGCAGAAGGGCUGAGCUGAUGGACAUCGAGACCAUCCUGUCACAGAAGAGAGACAUUCUGACCAAAACCAAACAGGCCAGAGACAGACUGCGGAGAAACAAUUUGAAAUUGCAGCAGAAAUGUGGGUUGCUUGGAAAUGAGAUCUUGCUGAGGGACUUCGAGGAGAAGGUGGAUACUGUAGAGCUGCUAAGUCAGAGACUGGAAACACUGAAACAUCACCAUGCUCGUCUGAUCCUUUCUUGUAGGGGAAUUCAGAAAAAAAUAAAGGAAGGAGCCAUCAGCCUUGUCCUUAUUCAUGGUGUGUGA